AUAAAUGCGAUCCCGACCGUCCGAUCAAAGAAGCACUCCGUCUCAUGAGGACCCGCGGCCUCUCACCCGUUAGGGUUCGCCUGCUGCCGUCUAAAACCAUCUUCGGGUCUCACUCCGAAGAACCCUCGCGUGAAAAUGGUGAAGGGGCGGCAGGGAGAGCGCGUUAGGCUUUACGUUCGUGGGACGAUUCUUGGCUACAAGAGGUCGAAGUCGAACCAGUAUGAGAACACGUCGUUGAUCCAGAUCGAGGGGGUGAACACCAAGGAGGAGGUGGCCUGGUACUGCGGCAAGCGCAUGGCGUACAUCUACAAGGCCAAGACCAAGUCGGACGGGACCCGCUACCGGUGCAUCUGGGGCAAGGUCACCCGCCCUCACGGCAACAGCGGCGUCGUCCGCGCCAAGUUCAAGUCCAACCUCCCACCCAAAUCCAUGGGCGGGAAAGUUAGGGUUUUCAUGUAUCCGAGCAACAUUUGAGGUGUAGCCAUGCAAUGCAAAUGUGACAGAAGGCGGACCUAUAGUUUAGCGGCCAUUGAAUUUUAAUGCUCGAUUUUAGUAUGUCAAAAUUUUUGAUACUCUGUGAACUGGUUGCUAUUUUUUACAGUGUUCUUUGAGAGGAAGUGGAACUUACUUCGCAUAUUAGAAUUAUCGAAUUAUGUUCUUUUAUAACGA